GUUGUUAGCCGGCCGCCAACAAGAAGAAAGAAGGGGGGCGGUGGAGACGACAUACAAACACUAAUAGUGAAGAAAGAGCGUGUGUGUAGUUUCAGUGACACCACGGACAUUAAUAAGUGUCACGAAUGGCCUUCGCUCUCCCAGUGUGGCUCGUGGUGCAGGAGGAGCUGCUCCAAAAUGGCGCGGACGACUGUGGGACUCCGAGUUGCUUUGACGAAUAUGACGACGAAACUUUGUUCCAGCUCUUUCACCUCACCAGAACCUGCAUCACUUUCAUCACUGACUCCAUCCGCCGCCGCAUGAAGACGGUCACUGUGGAGAAAGUCGACCUGUCCGUGGACGCCAUGGUGAUGGUGGCGCUCAACUACUACGCGCAGGGAGUGUCGUCCCCCGUCGUGAUGGACAGGGUCGGGCUCACGACCACGGACCGCGCGUCUUACAUUAUCGCCACGGUCUCGGGCAUCAUCGUGGGCAUGUCCGACCAGUUCAUCUUAUUCCCACGGACCCGGGACGCGCGAGGUAAAGUCGCGUAUCAGUUCGAGAGACUGAGUGGCAUUCCUCACGUGGUUGGAAUCCUGGCUCCGGCUCACUUCAAGAUCAGAGCCUCUCCGUACGAGAAGAGCUCGUUCCGGUCUUUCGUCAACAGCCAGGGUUACACUUCUGUGGUGAGCCAGAUCAUCUGCGACUCUGAGGGCAACAUCCUGAGCGUGGACAAGUGCUGCGUGGGCAGCACGUCCGAGCAGGAGAUGUGGGAGUCAUCAAGCGAAGGCAAAGACAUCGAGAAGCAAUUCAAUUGGCUCGUUGGCGGUAAAGGUUACCACUUAAGCAGUCACAUCUUGACUCCUCUGUCGGAUCCUGUAAGCGACAGUGAGAUUCGCUUCAACGUGGCCCAUGAGCAGAUCCUGGACAUCAUGCGGACGACCCUAGGCUCCAUGAAGAGACGCUUCAGGUGUCUGAUGCAACUUGGCUUUGCACAGGAAGCCACCUUGCACAGAAAGUGUAACAUCAUCAAGGCGUGCAGCGUCCUGCACAACAUUGCAAAGAAGUUCUCGGUGCCUCCCCCACCUGCGGCUGGAAAAAUCGAGCCACUGCAUCCAGGCAAGCAGCAUUCGGUGCCGUUAGAGAUCUGUCCUGAGGCUGUGAAAGCCAGACAGAAAAUCAUCGAUGAGGUCUUCUCUUCAGGCUCCAGCAGCCAGGAGCCACCGGGGGACAACAUUACUGAGGAGGAGUGAGCGUCUGUUUGCUCCAGGAAGCAAGCAAGUUAUCGCUGGUUUGAGAACUGUUUGAAGAGCUACAGUCUACCCUUUCAGCUGGUUAGCGUUA